AUGAACAGUUCUAAUGGUAAUAAUUUGUCUAUAGUUAUUGUGGAUAUUUAUUUAGAUGUGACAUUCAUUUCAGGUAAUGCAAAUGAUAGCAAUCAAACGGUGGCGGGGGAUGAUCAAAUGGAUAUAUCCGAAUCGAAUUUGAAAAAUCUUCAGAGUAAGAGCAACGGUUUGCCGCCAAUCACACAUGACAGUGAAGACCCUGUCCUACCAAGACCUUUCAUCACAAAACUGCCAAAAAUUAAAAAAGAAGAAUUAAAUCAGGAUAUUCCAAAUAAUGAUGAAGCCUUGGAUAUAUCCCAGUCACAGUUCGAUUUGCUUAGUCAGGAACUUAAGACUACAACAUGUGAUAAUUUUACAAUGGACAAAAACCAAAAGACCCUCAAUGAUAAUUAUGAUUUUUCAAAAGAUGCUAUAAAAUCUGCCAAUUUGCAAACUGAAAUCAAUGUCAUGCCAAGUAUAGGAAAGAAACGCAGAGUUUACACUGAGGAAAAUCAACUUGUCUUCCAACCUAUUCCAAAUAAUAAUGGUGAUUUAAGUGAUAUCUCCAAACCUUUAUUGGACGAUUCCAAUGUCAAUAAUGACAACUUCAAGAGAACUAAACAAAAAGCACAAAAUUUCCCAAAGCCAAUUCAAAGUAAAGAAAAGCCAACGCUGGAACUUUCAGAUCAAGUAUUAAUAAAAUGUCCUAAAAUUAAAAGUGAGAAAGAAGUUAUACUACCAACCAAUAGCCAUAGGGAAGAUCUGCCGGUUUGUAGCAAAUCACUGGAGGUAUUAGAAUCACAAAUGAGAUUAACUAAAAUAGAUAAAAUAAAAACUGAAAACGAUCCAAUGAUGGGUCAUCCUCUUCAAAACAGUAAUGAAGCGAUAUCCGUAACUAAAUCGACUAGUAACAAAUUUAAGAAUUUAAAAUCUGAUAAGAAGAGCAAAAAUAUACAUAAUAAACUGCGCUCAGGCUCCGCAAGUAAAAAAUGUGACGAGAAACAAAAUGUUGAAAACAUCCUUAAACUGAAAACAGAAAUUACGCCUGCUAACGAGGAGCUAAAGAAAAAUAUCUCAAGAAAUCCAUUGCAGAAAGAUGAAAAUACAUCCACAAGAAAAUCCCAUAGAAUCAAAUUUGAAAGUUGGAAAAUAAAGGAAAUGCGCUCGAUGACGAUAGGUCAUAAAAGAAAACUCGACUCCUCCGCUGAUGUAAGAAAUAAGACAAAGCUUGUCCGUACUGUAACGAACGGACAACAUGAGAAACAUGCAUCUCCGGCUACAAUACAAAAUGAUGUGCGAAUUGUUGAUCUUGAUAUCAAUAACCAAUCAAAGCAAACGAAUGAUAAAUUAAUUCUUACCCAAAGUAUUCAGGAAGAUAAAAUCGGUUGUAGUGUAUCUUCGGAUGCAAUACAAAAUAAUAUACAAAUUGUGGAACUUGAUAUCAAUAACAAAUCAAAGCAGGCAAAUGAUAAACUUUUCCAUAUCCAAAGUAUUCAGGGAGAUAAAAUUGGUUCCAUUAGAAAAUCACAAAGAAUUAAAUUCGAAAGUUGGAAAUUAAAGGAAAUGUAUUCUACGACCGUAGAACGAAAGAGAAAACUUGCCUCUUCACAAAUCACAAAUAAAGCCGAGCUAUUUCAUUCUACGAUUUCCAAUCACAAUAAAGAAUAUUCUGAAAGGAUGAAUAGUAUGCAUAUUCGGGAUUUCGAUAUUGAUGUCAAACCAAAAAGAAUAGAAAGUAAACCAAUCUUUUCCAAAACUCAUCACCACUCACACCACAAAAAAAUUCCCAUUGUGAGAUUACCCAAAAUAGUGGGUACAAGUAUUAAACAAAGGGAUAAUAAUGUAUUAACUGAAUUUAAAAUGGUUGCUAAAGAUCAUCUAAAGAACCCAAAAAUUGAUGAAACAAAACGCGAGUUGCAACAUAACCAGAAAAAUACAGCCAGAAGUAACGUAGACAUGGAGAGCACAUCUAAAGUAGCCGUAAGAAGUUUUCCUAGAAUCAAAAUUGAAACUACAUCUGCUAACCGAAUUAAGGAGAAUAUACCGAAACUAAAAACCGAAAUACCGGAUAAUGAUAUUUCCCCCAUUAGAAAAUCUCACAGAAUUAAAACGGAAACUUGGAAAUUAAAGGAAAUUAAUUCCAUGAAGCAGACUUUUGGAAGAAAAAAUAAGGUACAACAAAUCAAUGAGGAGCGGACAACCAAAGAACCCAGCGAAGAAAAUGAUCCCUUCGAAACUGAUGAUGAUUUAAAUGAUUUGGAUUUUGAAAUUGAUAGCCCUCCAAAACGAACCAAGUUAAAUUUCAAAAAAAUGAAAAGCAAAACAAAUGGACGUCAUCGCAAACAAAAUCAUGAAUUGGAAAUAAACACUUCUAAUCCAUUAAAUUCUACGGCCCUGAUGCGGCCGAUAAAAAGUACCCGCGAAGAGGAGCUGGACAACAUUAUAGCCCAAUGGAAACCCGAACUGGAUUGUAUGGUAUGUGAAAAACCAUUUGCCACCUACACCCUGCUGCAUGAACAUUUCAAGGAUCGCCAUCAGCAUAGACAUGAAUUCUAUGUUCAAUGUUGUGGUCUGAAGAUUAAAAAACGUGGACAUCUGGCCGAACACAUAAGGAUACACACCGAUAAGAAAGCCUUCAAGUGUGCCCACUGUAAGAUACGUUGUCAUCGCAAACGUAAUCUCGUCUAUCAUAUGAGAAAAAUACACAAUAUUAGUGCUAAGGAAAUAGUUCCGGAAAGAGGCCUAAAUCCGGAAUCAUCACAGAUUAAAUUAUCCACGCAAAUAAUUAGGAAUAACGAUAGAUUCAUAGAACAAUUUCUACCCAAUUUGGAGUGCCCUCGUUGCAGGCAGAUAUUUCCCGUUUUUAGCAAAUUGGAAAGACAUUAUCGGAAGCGGCAUAAGGAUGAGGAAUUUCACAUUUUAUGUUGUGGCUAUAGGCUGACAACACAAUCCCUGUUAGUAGAUCAUUUAAAUCGGCACACUCAUCCAAGGAAACAUAAGUGUAAAUUUUGUAAUGCCUGUUUUACGAUGCAGCAUGUCAUGGAAUAUCACAUGCGGGUGGAUCAUAAAAAGAAUUCCAAAGACUCUUCAAAUGACAACACUGCGGACAAUGUGGAGGAUGCUCAUGCGGAAGUGUUAACCAUAAAGGAAAGUGAUGAUUUUAUAUCACGAUGGUUACCCAGUUUGGAGUGUCAUGUUUGCAAGGAGGAAUUCAAGAGCUAUUCUUCGCUGAGUGAACAUUUCGAUAUGCAUCACGUUGAACAACAAAGUUAUGUGACAUGUUGCGAUCAUCGAUUUUUUACUCGCUCCAAACUGCAAAGGCACAUUGACGGCCAUAUAAACAGCAAAGCAUUUAAGUGUCAGUUGUGUGGCAAACGUUAUACCAGAAAUGAACGCUUAGAAUUCCAUAUGGCCAAGCAACAUUAUGGCACAAUUUCAUCUGUGACCAGUUAUUGUGAAGAUCAGCCCAGCCCUGGGACAGAAACUCAAAAGAUCUUAACGAAAAGAAAAUCCCUUAAAGAUCUUGAUCGUACCAUAGCCCAAUGGAAACCUAAACUAGAGUGCCGGGUGUGUCAUAAAACCUAUACAACUUUUACAUUACUCAGUAGGCACUAUCGUGACACACAUCCCGCAGAACAAUGUUAUAUCUCCUGUUGUGGCUGUAAAUUUGCUGGCCGUUAUGAUAUUGUCGAACACAUCAAAUAUCACAGAGAUCCAAAUGCAUUUAAAUGCACCCAGUGUGGGCGUUGUUUUAAUCGCAAUCGUGGUCUGAUAUUGCACAUGCGAACUCAUCGAAAUUAAAGCAAAAAUCUGGAUCCGGUAAUUUAAUCGCUCUUAAUAGAAUGUUCUCCAAAAGAAUUUUCAUUGCCAACUUUGGUUAAGCCGAAACGUUGAACGUUGAAGAAAAAGUGUUAAACAAAUUUUCUAAAAGUGAAUUGUUUUUCUUUUUUAUUUUUGUUAUCCUUUGUACUUUAAAUAAGUAUAGUUUUAAGGUUAUAUUUAAGCAAAGUUGAAUAAAUAAAACAAGCAUUUGAA